CACCAUCCGAAUCAAUCUCUCUCAUCUCGAUUUUGAAACCCUAGUUUUCUCUCUCUAGACUCUCUAAUGGCACCCAAAGCAGCAGCAGAGGAGAAGCCCGCAGAGAAGAAGCCAGCGGAGGAGAAGAAGUCCACGGUGGCGGAGAAGGCUCCGGCGGAGAAGAAGCCGAAGGCCGGCAAGAAGCUGCCGAAGGAAGGCGGAGCAGCCGCCGGAGACAAGAAGAAGAAGAGGUCGAAGAAGAGCGUUGAGACUUACAAGAUCUACAUCUUCAAGGUUUUGAAGCAGGUUCAUCCAGAUAUCGGGAUCUCGAGCAAGGCUAUGGGGAUCAUGAAUUAUAGUUUCAAAUUUUUUUUAAUGAAUCUGAUGUUUGAAACACCCACAAACAUCAAUGAAUCUGAUGUUAGAUUAAUGAAUCUGAUGUUGGAAUCUGAUGUUUAA